UAGUCAGUGCCAAGUGCCAUCAGUGCCAUUUGCAAUGUGAUGAGUGAUAAGAUGUUGCAUAUAAUCUGCGCAACUUUUUGCCGCUUUGUAUCUUGUACCAAAUAAUUAAUAUUAAGAAUCUAGCCCAACUAUGAAAUAAAUUAGUCACGGCUCGUAUGCAGCGCUGUAAAAUGCCUAAACCUACUGACGUCUCGUCGUCAGUCAGUGGUUAGAGUUAUCAAACAAAAACAAAAAGCGGCAAACCUAAGAAAGAACUCAUCCUUCGCCAAAGAUUCUGCGAAUUGAUAAACUUGAUUAAGGUUAUAAAGUAAAUAAACAAAUGGCAACUGCAAUGGAUAUUGAUAGUGAUUGGGUCCUUGAGACGGUCCUUGGCUCUGGCGGUUUUGGGAUCGUUGAGCUUUGGAGAAAUACUCAUACUGGGAACAAAAUAGCAAUAAAGAAGUGUAAAUCUGGCGAUGCUCAAUUAACUGAGAGGCAGAGGGAACGAUGGGUGGACGAGGUUGAUAAAAUGAAUCAAUUGAAACACCAAAAUAUUGUCGGUACCAGGCCUUUGCCAGAUGAACUCAAAAACGGUGUCGGGUCACUGCCUGUACUCUGCAUGGAAUACUGUUCGAAAGGAGAUCUCAGAUUUGUAUUGAGCAAGAGUGAGAAUUGGGCGGGCUUGGCAGAACCAGAUGCCAUGCAAAUAUUUCGCGACGUCGCAAGUGCCAUCAGUUACCUCCACUUUCAGAAAAUAACACACAGAGAUUUGAAGCCUGAAAAUGUAGUGUUGCAAGAGUGGAAUAAUAAGAUAAUCUACAAAUUAAUUGAUCUUGGUUACGCCAAGGAACUGGGACACGAUAGUAUCUGCGCAUCUGCUGUUGGAACGUUAAAUUAUGUUGCUCCAGAAAUAUUAUGGGCAGAGAAAUAUACUUGUUCUGUUGAUUACUGGAGCUUAGGAAUUUUGUUUUACGAAGUAAUAACUGGCUCUAGACCAUUUUUGCCAAACGAAACGAGUCCUAUAGAAUGGAAGAAACACAUCUCACGCAAAUCAAACGAUGAUAUAUGUGUCCAAUAUGAAAAUGGCGACGUGGUUUAUAAGCAAGAUAUUCAAGAUACCACUGAUAUAUCACCAUGCAUCAGGAAUGGUUUGAAAGAUUGGUUCAGAACUGUUCUACAAUGGGAUCCGAAAAAACGUGGGCGACAAUGUCAGAAGAAUGGUACCGAAGUCAUGGUUGUUUUUUCCAUGCUUGCGCAAAUUUUAUCCAAGAAGGUGAUCCAUGUCUUCUGUGUACCACAUUAUCGUAUAUUUCAUUACGAAAUAUCGAGUGCUACCACUCUUAAGCAACUGAGAUGUUUUAUCGAGCAAGAUACUCAAAUCAAUAUUUCUAGUCAAGAAUUACUUGACCCAGACGGUAGUCUUCUCAAGGAUGAUGGAAUUAUAAAAUUAAGCACCCUACAAGGUAAGUUACUAACGCUUUCCAAAAAAGAAAGUGUGCUGACUGAAAUACCUGAUCCGGAUGUGCCUUGCUUGGUUAGAAAAAUCAUUGAAACGCCCAAAAUGACGAUGACCAAGUAUGAAUUGCAGCGGUGCUACUCCGCUGCAAUAUUUUUUGUAAAAAAAGAAGCUCAACUGUUUCGAUCUUACAUAUUGGCUCUGUGUAUGAAAAUCGAUCUAGUCAACUCGAAAUUCGAUACUAUAUUAUCAAAGAAAGAUCAGAUGGCAUCAGGCUUCAACUUACUACAGGCAGAAUUUCAUUCAAUGUGUGAAUUGGUACAAAAUGAUGUAACUAACGGCUUAGACACAUUGAAGAACGAAAUCAAAAAUCUAACACAGAAGCUGGAAUUUCUCUCAGAAAGGGUCCGUGCUCUCAAAGCAAAAUGUGAUAAAUUUUUACAUGUACGAAAUAUUUUAAUCAAGCUCGGAGAUAUUGAAUGGACAGCAGAAUACAGGGAACUCUUAGAAAAAGCACAAGAUAUCGUUGAAAACUCUAAAACGCUCUCUGAGAAGAGUAAGCAUCAACCAGUCCGUAUGGCCAAGUUUAUAUUUGAACUUCUCAAAUGUCGAAAAAAUCUAAUGAAUAAUAAACAACUCGUCGAUAUGAAAAGUGAAAUUGAUCACGUGUCCACGGCUCAAGCAGCUAAAGACUUUUCAAAGCAAGAAAAGUAUGUUGAAUCUGCUGUUGCAUUGAUUGAUGUUUACCGAGAACAAAUUUCAAAUUUGCGUAAGAAAUGGGAAAAUUACAAGCAAGUAGCUAGUUUCCCCGAAAAUUUAGACAGCAUGGAUGUAGAAUGUAACGCUGACGAUAACCGUGAAUUGGAAUCUUCCGUACGAAGUCUGAAUGAAGGAGAUGGUUUGACCAGCGACCAUGUUAUCUAUGAUAACUUGGUAAUACGAUACCUGAUGCAUGACUUUAUUUCCGAAACAUAUGAACAGUUCAAACAAAUAAUGAACCUAAAUCCAUAAGGAGGUGAAAUCAAAGUGAAAUAAUAAUUCUGAAUCUUACAUUAAAAUAUAUAAAACUACGUUUUAUGUUAGUCAAAUAUUUUAUUACCGAUUUUUAAUAAAAUACAUAAUUGCUAAAUGGUAGGUCUAUUAUAAACCGUCUGUUAUGAAUUCUGAUUUUAUACAGUGUGAUAUUUGAUACGAAAAAUAUAAUACUUUCUUAUGCAA